GGUAUCUUGUAUAAUUUUCUGUGAUAUAUGCCUGACCUAUUUUGUUUGUAUACAUAUUUUUCGAACGAUGAAAAGUAAGCAUUUAAAAAACAACCCAUACAUAAAAAUUUCCUGCAGAGGGUUGACGAAUGCGGUGAAAGGAGAAGGCGGGCAGCAAGGCGAGCACUUGAUUGCAUCGCAGUUUAAGUUUUUCAAGACAGAUCGAAUUUCAGCAUAGCAGCAAGCAACAACAGUUGAUCUCAGAUUGGACAAGAGCACACAACCCAUCAAUCGAUAGCAGAACCAUUUCUGAUCUCAGAGUUAUUUUACAUCUCACCAGAGGAAGCCGCACUUUACAUACUACCACUGCAUAAGUAUAAAUUUGGCGCACAGUAUCACAUUUAGAUUUGCAGGCGAGUUCAGCGACAUCAAAUUUUCUGCUCCAGUUGAAGAGUAUUAGUUUUACUGGUCAUCUUGGAAUGUUGAUGCCGGUUUGCGGAGAUCAUCCAAAUUGAAAAGAAACAUAUUAUUCGAAUUACUGCUGGAAGCAUCGUCCUUAGUUACAUUUUCAUAUUCAUCUCCCUACCUAGCGGAAAUGAUUCAACUUUGACAGAUCUAGAGAAUCCCUCAGAUUUGGAGACUCCCUCAGGGAAAUAUUUGAGAUCGGAUAAAUAUAUGUGUUUUCUUCAAGAUAAGGUUCCGAUCAGUUUGGAGGAGUAUUCAGACCGCUAUCCCUCAGAUUAUACUUAGUUUUUAGACCUUAUUUGUCAGCAGCAAGGACGACAUUAAGUGGGCUUCGAUCUUGCACCUAGGAGUCAUCAUAAUUGAGGAUUUUGGGCUUGCAUCUCAUCGCUAUUCUUGGGAGCAUCAAAUCAGGAGGACUUAAUUUCAGAUGGCCGUUGGCAUGCAUCAAAAUAGGUGUUGGGGAGAUGAGGCGGUGUCUGAUCCGCUCCCCCCCAAAGAUCCUUUUGGCUCUCGAACAAGACAUGUUCUGCAAAGGGUGUUCAAGGACAACAAAUGGGUUGAUGUCUUGGCCUCGCCUACUUGCGUUAAAACAUCCCAAUCCGAUUUCCCUUCUUCUGCAUAUUUUAAAGGGUACUUUCGACGGGAUCACAAUUUUGGGAAAUGGCAGAAGGAUAGGCAAAGGCGGAAUGUUAGGGUUUUUGGCAAUAAGGCUCAGAUUGAUUUGCCGAAUGCUUUUGCGAAUUUGCAACCACUUUCAAAGGAUUCAGGAGGUCAUUUGCAGAAUUUGGAAUUGUCCUCUCAGCCUGCUUCAAUUUUGAUCCCGUUGAUUGAUGCCUCAGAUGCCAUUUUGGGGAAGAAGGCUCAUGAUCUUCGGGCUUUGGUAGUUGUGAUUCAAGUGUGGGGUGAUUCUAUUCCUCUGUCAAAACUUCAUUACAAACUUCAUGCUCACUGGGCCUUGGAGUCUUGGGCCUUGGAGUCUUGCGGUGCAUAGACAAUUUGGUCCCUUUUGGGUGAUGACACUUUGUGGACAUGGUGGUCUCAUUUUGGGGUGCCAUCUUCUUCAUUGAUUCCUAUAAGCUUUUUCCAAGCUUCCUUUAUAUCUAAUGUGAUUGAUAUUGUAAUCAGGGGUUGUAUCUGGGUUGCCUAUGGGCUUUUGUAAUGGGUAAAUAGGCUUUUGUUUUUUGAGCAAUACUGAAGGGUUUUCUUACUGGUUCUUUCCCUUCAGUGCUCGUUGAACCAGACACCAUGUAAAAAAAAUAUAAAGAUUUAAUAUAAUUUCAGUGGUUCAUCCACUUUUAUCAAGA